ACCGAGAGGUGGUGUUGACCGACCGCAGCAGGUUUUCACUGAGAAACCUGAAGAAUCUGAACUUCCCGAGGCGACUGACAGCAACGCCACGACCUUAUAUAUAUUUUUACCGGAAAGGGUCAGCGGCGCCGGAGUUGAGGCGAGAACGACCGACCGAGAGGAAAGUAAAAAAAAAAAAAAAAAAAAUCCCGGAGAGAAAAGCGCCAGAAGUGAGCUGGAGGAUCAGAGCUAAUGCUAACCCUGCGAGCUAUUGCUUAAUAAUUAUACGGAAACUCGAGUCGUUUAAUUAAUAAUUUGCUUUGAUGUUAACAUUGUGGUCACGCAGUAGAUAGUUGGGGGACCUUUUUUUAAUUUAUAUCACACAUUGCUUCAUGUUUAAGUAGGUGUUCUGCCACCACAUUUUAGGCCACAAGCGACCGGUGUCCCAUUAGCAAGAUUAGCUACAGUAGCCGGUUUUUUUUUUUACUGAGGUUACACCGGCUCUGUUCGGGACAGGUGAUUCUGCAAAACAAUAGUUCGCUUUCAAAAAUCAGCGUUUAUAAGUGAAGCGCACGCUUGGUGCUGUCUAAGCCUUGUGCUUUCACAAUGCUGAAACAACAGCAGCAACCCGGCUCAGGCGGGAGAAAAGCGUCAAACGGAACCUCGGGCCCCGGUGGUGUGUCUUCCCCGGUCAGCGGCAUCAACAGCGGCAGCAGGACACCGGCUGGGAGGAACCGACCCUCUGCAAAGCCAUCUUUCCAGUCGACUUCUGGAUUUGAUGGUGUGUACAAUAAUGCCAGAAUGCUACAUUUCCUCACAGCAGUCGUGGGUUCCACCUGUGACAUAAGAGUGAAGAACGGCAGUGUAUUUGAAGGCAUAUUCAAGACUCUCAGUUCCCGGUGCGAGUUGGCUGUAGACGCUGUACAUAAACGCAGCGACGAGGAGGUCUCAUCAUCAGCUCCACCACGAAGGGAGGACAUCACAGACACAAUGAUCUUCAGCCCUUCAGACCUGGUGACUAUGAUCUGCAAAGACGUUGACCUGAACUUCGCCACCAGAGGUACAAACAACACAAAAGACACCUUCACAGACACGGCCAUCAGCUCCACCCGCGUCAAUGGAGAACACAAGGAGAAAGUCCUGCAGAGAUGGGAGGGAGGAGACAGCAAUGGGGAGAGCUACGAUCUAGAAAAUGAUGCAUCCAAUGGCUGGGACGCCAAUGAGAUGUUCCGUUACAACGAAGUGAAAUACGGAGUCACAUCAACAUAUGAUUCCAGCCUCUCCAUGUAUACUGUUCCGCUGGAGAGGGGUAACUCUGACAACUAUCGGCAGAGGGAGGCCCGUGCCGCUCGCCUGGCCAGUGAAAUUGAGUCCAGCCCCCAGUAUCGCCACCGCGUCGGUCUGGAAAACGAUGACUGCAAAACGGAGGAGGACAAGUACAGUGCUGUGGUGAGGGACGGUGGUGAUCGUGAGAGGGGACGGGAGAGCCCACGUGACCGAGAGCGAGAACGGGGCCGAGACAGUCCCGGAGCCAGCACCAGGGAGGGGAAGUACAUUCCAUUACCUCAACGCCAGAGAGAGAUGAACCGCGAGCGAGCUGAGAGAGGUCCUGGUGGGCCUCCACCACACAACCGCCUGAGCGGAGGUUAUCGCUCCAACCCUCCAUCCUCCUCUUCCCCCAGACCCCCUCUACCCUCUGCCACUGGGCCCCAGCCUGGUGCCUCCUCCUCCUCAGAGAGAAGCAGCCCUCUGUCUGGCCGCGGAGGGCCCUUCCCUCCACACCACCCCCAGGGGAGCCCCAGCCCAGGUCCAGGCUCUGGCCCCUCGAGCCAAGCCGCGCCUGCUUCUGCUGCCCCAUCCUCAACUAGCCCCCCUGCCUCCCACGGACACACGGUCCCUCAUUCCCAGUCACUCCCACACUCGCUGACGGAUGCAGGCAGGCCUGUAAAUGGAGUCUCUACCAGAACAUCUCCUAAAGCCCAAAGACCUCCACAGUCUAGCCGAACAGUUCGCACUUCCAACUCACAUUCUCAGUCAACAUCUACGCGCUCUCCUAAAUCAGGUUCUCUCCAAGACACGCCUUAUUUGGACACAUCGUCCGUCUCCCUGCCUGCCCAGAAGACGUCUGGCCCCGCCCCUCUUUUCCCUGUAGAUGUGAAUGAGAUCCUCGGUGCAGCUGCAAAAGAACGCUCAGCCGAGAGCCCCAGCAGCACAGAGGAAGGAAAGGGUGGUAAAGCUCCCUCAGUUCAGCAAAGGUCGCAGAUUGAGGAGCUGCGGAAAUUUGGCAAGGAAUUCAGGCUCCAAGCAAGCGGAGGCAGCUCCAGCUCUCCGAGCUCCCCGGCAGCAGCGACCCCUCCCGCCAUCAGCGAGGUCGCUCAAACAGCUGCUGCCGAAUCCUCGCCAUCAGACACUCACCCUGCUUCAGAGCCCAAACCUCAGCCUUCGGCUCCCAGUCCUUCCCAGCUCCAACCGCAGCCCUCACCUGCCCCCACUGAUGACUCCACCAAGGACACCACAGCUACACCCAACACCACAGCAGCUGUUUCAGACAGGCAUUCACUAGCCACCCCGCAGCCUGCAAGGACCCCGGGAAGUGACGACGCCAGAUCUGACACAACAGAGAGGACAGAGGGCAUGCCAGAACAAGUGAAGAAAUCCACAUUAAACCCCAACGCAAAAGAGUUCAACCCCAUCAAAGCUCCGAUGCCGAUGGCAAAGCCCAACACUGCACCCACCCCACCUCGACCCACUCCUCCAAGCCCGGUGGUCCUUCAGCACCCAGGCGGUCAGGGACCCCUCUACAACACCCCCUACCUCUCUUAUGUAUCACAGAUCCACUCUGUGCAGCAACCACCAAUGUACCAGUACACCAUGUCUACUGUCAGCCAGGGGAAAUACCCCCGGACCAAAGGCCCAGUCGUGGGUCAGCGCUCUGACCACGGUUCGUCAGCGCCCCCAAUGAUGCAGGCGGCGGCAUCAGCAGCCGGGGCCCCUUUGGUAGCGUCCCCCUACGCUCAGUCCUACCUCCAGUACAAUCCACAGCAGUACGGCCAGCAGCAGGUCAUCCAGGCAAUGGCACCGUACCCUGGACAGCCGAUGUACUCCAUGCUGCAGGGUGGAGCUAGGAUGAUAGGUCAAGGCGGAGGUCCCCAUCCACAAGCCAUGGGACCCCCAGGAGGCCCUCAGUUCCCGUCACAGGGAGACGGACCUCAGGGACCACAGCAGGGCAUCUAUGCUCCUCAGUCCUUCUCCCACCACUCGGGUGCAGUGCAUCAGCCUCAGCCUUCCAGUACCCCCACAGGCAACCAGCCCCCUCCCCAGCACGCUGCACCUAGCCCUGGACAGAAUGCCCAGUCAGGCCCACAGCCCCAGUCCUUGUACCACUCAGGUCCCCUGUCAGCACCCACCCCAUCUAACAUGCCACCAGGCCACACGUCUCCACAGGGCUCCUACCCCAUCCAGGGCUACAGCAUCCACAGCCACCAGGGUAUCCCACAAUCAUAUCCCCUGGGACAGCUAGCACAGGCCCAUGUACAAGGAGCCAUGUCGGGUCCCCACCACUCUGGCAGCCACGGUCAGCCCCAGUUAGUGAUGUUGCAGCCGCCCCCUCAGCAGGGCCCUGGUUCAGUGCCCCAACACCCUCAGCACGGACCUCAGCAAGGAGCACACCAACACUUUUACAUAGGACAUCCACAAGCAAUGCAGGUACAGACACACCCUGCCUCGUUCCAUCAGCCUGGAAACUAAACCCCUCCUGCCCCCUCCCCUCCUUUCAUCCCAAAUUGUUCCCAGGAAUGAGCCCUGACAUCCUUGCUGCCUUCUGGAGGUGAGGCCCACACUGAAUCCUACUCAGAACAAAACAGAAAGUGACACUAUCGUGCACAGGAGGGAAGAGGACAAAACGUCUCACAGCACCUUAUACUCCUGUUGUAACGCUCUUCAUUCGGUGGUGUUGGCCCUAGAGGAGGACGAGGAGAACCUUUUUAAUGCAAACGAUGAAGACGCCAGACGACAGCAGCAGAGUGCGAGCCCUGCCACUGUCAUUCUGUUCCUCUUUCCACUUCAUUCCCGUUUCAGAGACAUGAGGCACCUUACUGGGCGGAUCAGUUCGAGAGGGAUAAAAAAAACACAGAAGACACUGAAUCUUUGAGUGUUUUUGCCUUUUGAGGUUUCAUAAGUACCAUGACACAAGUGGGAAACAGAGACUGAAAGCAGGGAUUGAG